GAGCGUCUGAAUGACAUUUACCCAACAUAGCUAGCGCUAAUUCACCAAUAUAUACAAGUUAGUGAGUAGGCUAAAAGUGACCAACUGCAGUAUGCGGUACGGCCGGUGAAUCAGCCACACGUACUCUACUCGUGGAGUUUACGUGAGCGAACUGAGCAUGGAAUACCUCAGGAAACCCCUCAUGACCCUUCCUCAACUGUGGAAGCCCCUCAGGUGCGCUCCAUCCAAAUACUGUUCUAAAUCAGCCAACAGCGGCGUGACCUCAAGAGAGAGGAGGACAGCAACCGCAGACGGGUUCAAGGCUCAGAUAUCCUCCGGUCCGAGUUUUCAGGAUUUCAUCAGAGGGGUUUCGGCUCGCGAGACUCGCCCCGCAGUUGACCACGAGGGCUCCGAGGACCGCGGUUAUGUUCCCGACGACUGGGAGACGGGCAACUCGAGAAAAGUGUACUUCGAAACCUACGGAUGUCAAAUGAACGUGAACGACACGGAGAUCGCCUGGUCCUUACUGCAGAAGAAGGGCUACCGGCGCACAGCGGACGUAGGAGAGGCAGACGUUGUCCUUCUGGUAACAUGCUCCAUAAGAGAAAAAGCCGAACAGACCAUUUGGAAUAGACUACGGCAACUGACGGCGAUGAAGAAGAGGCGGAUGAAGACCCCAACGCCGAUGAAAAUUGGGGUUUUGGGGUGCAUGGCGGAGCGGCUCAAGACGGAGCUGCUGGAGCGGGAGAAGCUCGUGGAUGUCAUCGCGGGUCCGGACGCCUACCGGGACCUCCCCCGCCUCUUAGCCGUGGUCGACGGAGGUCAACGCGCGAGCAACGUGCUGCUAUCGCUGGAGGAGACCUACGCUGACGUCAUGCCCGUCCACCAUGCUCCUCAUGGAAAAAGUGCUUUUGUCUCCAUCAUGCGAGGCUGCGACAACAUGUGCAGCUACUGCAUCGUCCCCUUCACCCGCGGGAGAGAGAGGAGCCGACCCGCCGGCUCUGUGCUGGAGGAGGUUCGGCUGCUGUCCGACCAGGGUGUGAAGGAGGUGACUCUGCUGGGUCAGAACGUGAACAGCUACAGAGACACGUCGGAGGAGCAGUUCCGCGGCUCCGACCCGACCAAGCUCAGCCAGGGGUUCAAGACCGUCUACAGAGCAAAGCAGGGCGGUCUGCGCUUCUCCGACCUGCUGGACCGAGUGUCGCGCAUCGAUUCAGACAUGAGGAUCCGGUUCACCUCCCCCCAUCCCAAGGAUUUCCCUGAUGAGGUUUUGCACCUGAUCGCGGAGCGUGGAAACAUCUGUAAGCAGAUCCACCUUCCAGCCCAGAGCGGCAGCAGCGAGGUCCUAACGGCGAUGCGGCGCGGCUACACGAGAGAGGCCUACCUCAAGCUUGUGGAGAACGUUAAGAGAAUCAUCCCCGAGGUGAGUCUCAGCAGUGACUUCAUCUCAGGCUUCUGUGGCGAAACGGAGGACGACCACCAGCAGACCCUGUCCCUGAUCCGAGAGGUGGGCUACAAUGUGGGCUUCCUGUUCGCCUACAGCAUGAGGAAGAAAACCCACGCCUCCCAUCGGCUACACGACGACGUGCCAGCUGAGGUGAAGCGGCGGAGGCUGGAGGAGUGCAUUGGUGCGUUCAGAGAGGAGGCGGCGAGGGUCAACGGCGCGCUGAUUGGCAGCACACAGCUCGUGCUGGUGGAGGGAGAAAGUAAAAGAUCUGUCGAGGACCUGUGCGGGAGAACGGACGGCAACAUGAAGGUGAUUUUCCCCAAAGAGGACGUUGCCGUGCAGCCCGCAGCAUCCAACGCUGCGUCCGUCCAUGCUGGGGACUAUGUGCUGGUGAAGAUAUUGUCGUCCAGCUCCCAAAGCCUGAGAGGCCGAGCCCUCAGUCACAGCUCCCUGAGCGGCACAGGGAAGCACUGCGAGACUGCGCCGAGGCUCCGGCUCCAUGAACAUGCCCCCUCGGACACGACCAUGAUUGAAACGUGCCCCUGAAGGGCCACGGGAAACGCCACAGGAAACCAGCUGUCGCUUUUUUGAGGAAUCGGGGACACUACAUUCUUCUCGUGACCCACUCAUGAAGAUGCAUGGAGACUGUUUUUACGGGACAUCUUUACUAGCUCAUCUUUCUGUCACGUUGGACUAUUUAAAUGUUGUGCGUGCGUGUGUGCAAGUACACGUGUGUGCUAAGCAAUGCACUGCUGUGUACAGGGACAGCAGCACUGACUUUUUCAAUGGCGUCCCGCUGAGACUCCCAUCACCAAUAUCCAUGGUGGAGAAUCAUGUGUAUUUAUUAUUAUUGCAUAUCAAUAAAUAAUGUUUAUAUACAGUACCUCUGUAUUAUACUGCGUAGUGUAUUGUUUUAUCACGUUUAUCGUUAUUAAAUGAAGUUGCCUACUGUG